AUGGCUCUCUCCUCUUUCAAAAGACAAUGGUCGCGAGCCUUGUCUCUCCGCGAUUCAUCACCACCCUCAACUAGCGCUGGUGAUCCAGAGACUGUCACAGACGCGGUGCCGACACAGCAACAACUACCAGCAUUUCACCGCUCAAGUCCAAAGGGAUCGGUGUAUCAACACUCUCCACCACAUUCGGGAACCACGCUCCAUGACCCAGAUCAUGCACCAUCGCAUAUACACACCGAGAUCUCCAACAUCGCAUAUCCUUCUGACACCAUGAUCUUGACAGUAGGCGAUAGUGUCAUCACAGUCGAGACACACAGAACAGACGUCGAACAGAAUGACCGAACAACGACACAGAAAAGGAAGAAGAGCUUCGGCUUGAGGAGGGUCAAGACAGCCCCUACAGGCUUACAUGGCGCAAUCACACAUGGAUCCAUCACGACAAUAGAGUCUACACCCGCGGCCAGCCGUAUACGAGCAUGGUCUUAUCCACAAGUCAACUGGGAUAAACUCAAUCUUGUUCGACGUGUCCGUGGUAGUGUCGACCGCAAGGAAGCCCGUAAAGGCAAGGCCGCUUCUGAGCCAGGCUCGGAUCCACAAUCCCCAGCCGAUGAGCAUGAGAUGCAUAUCGCGUCACAAUUCCAGUACCCAAUGAUGUCUGGUGCUGCGCAAGACGAUUCUUCGUACACGAAGCGACCCUCAGAUGGUGCCGGGAUAUCACCACGAGCUUCGGGUUCCGCUUGGAUAAUGCCUUCUUCCUGGGCACAGAGUAGUGGCUCUCCAGGGAAAUCCCUUCCGAGGGCAGACUCUCAUGGUGAAGAAAAGCGCAAAGACUCGCAUUUCUACGAUGCUAUCGUGGCCAAAGCGAAAGCCACUAUAGACCUUGAAGCAGUUACUAGAGAGCUCACAUCCGACAAGCGACCACAUAGAAACUCGUCUAUACUACUUCACCCCAUAGACUGGAUCAGAAGUCGUCACAACUCUGGUCAGUGUUCUUCGUCCGACUCAUCAACCUCUGGCUCAGCGCCUCCAUCCCCAACAACUCGCUCAGCACGCCCAGCACGUCGAAGACAAGAGACACAUACAGCUCAGAUCCCGAGCUUCGGCUGGCCUAGUGCCGAAGGACCAGAUACGCCCAUGCAGACCGCCCACGUACUAAAUGCCCAAGCACAAAGCGUCUGUGGCAAGAUAUCUGAAGCAUCUACAUCCACUGUCGACGAGCUCCUCAAAGAGUCUCGCCCGACAUAUCUUCCACCUGGUGUACAGAUUCCCGCACCAGGACAAGCAGGCCCUUCAGACUGGUUAGACCGCGGCUUGGAAGAUCACUACCGUCGCUCUGCCGAACUCGCAACUCGAGCUUCCCAUCCCAUGGAACCUUCGCGCUACCUUCACGCACAACGAGGAGAAGAUAAGCAACGUUUCAAUCCUAUGCAUAAGUGGCAGCAAGAUCAACAUCCCGCCCAUAGACACAAUGUCCAUUCCUUUGCAGUUGGGAUGUACGCGCAAGCUUGGGAUUGGGCACUCGAUAACAAAGGCAAAGGUGUUGCACAAUCGGACUUUAUGGAGGGUCGUGGUGGAGAGGUUAAGAGAAAGAAAAGCAGUGGUGGACGAGGAUCUUGUGUUACUACUUUGACACUUGCAGAGUGUGAUUUCGGAAAGGAAUAA